GGCUGGGUCGUCUUCUUCUCCGCUAUGGAGGCGAGUUUCACUCUUCCUCGCGCAUGGGAUUAAGCGACGAGACUUUUCCAGCGAAGUUACACGUUCCAAUGUAGAUCCCAGCCACAACUCGACCGGCGAAACCACAGUCCUCCUAAGAAACGAGGCCGUUGGACUGUUGACUUCACUCCUUGGAGCCGUGAGCGUCUCACCUCUUCUAAUCCUGUGUCAAGAUAAAGACAGGAGGAAUGCCAGCUCCUGAGCAGAGCCCAUUGACGGAGGAGGGGCUUCUGCUGAAUGUCCUCAACACUUCAACCAGCCGCAGUAUGGAGACUGACACCACCCCCAACAACAUCCUGGCCUCCGUCAAAGAACAGGAGCUUCAGUUUGAGCGGCUAACUAGGGAGCUGGAGGUGGAGAGGCAGAUUGUGGCCAAUCAGCUGGAAAGAUGCAGAGUUGGGGCCGAGUCGCCAGGCGCUGGUAGCAGCAGCUCCUCUGAGAAGUCCUUGCCUUGGAGAACUGCAGAUGCCGCCGCCUCGGGGGACAACAAGUCUCGAGUGACUGACAGCUCCCAGUCGCCCUGCUACCGCAUCAGGACCGAGUCAGAGCAGGUGUCUCUGUACUCCCCGGAGCAGUCCUCCCUCCAUGAAAGUGAGGGGUCGGCGGGAAACUCGCGCAGCUCCACUCAGAUGAACUCCUACUCGGACAGCGGCUACCAGGACGCCAGCAGCGGCUGCCACAGCAGCCAGAACCUGGGCAAGGCAGAGCUGAGGAUGCAGCACUCCUUCCCCGGCGCCGGCACCGGCAGCCUGGUGAGGAACUCCAGGGCCGAGGGCCAGGCGUCGUCCCAGGUCACAGCGGCGCUGCCUGGCCGUGCCAUGCGGAGGGGGAACUCGGUGCCCUCGCGCUCGCCGGCCUACGCCAGCAGCAUGUCCCCGUCCCGCGGCUCCCUGCGCACCUCGGCCGGCGGCGCCUACGGCUCCCCCGUCGUGACGGAGCCCAAGCCCCUCUCCAGCAUCUUCUCCACCACGCUGCCCCCGGCCCCACGCGGCAGCGCCGCCGCCGGCAGCGGCAGCGGCAGCGGCUCGCCGUUCUCCGCCCACGCGGAGUCGCCGGCGGCGCUGCGGCGCGCCGGCUCGGCCAACUCGCGCUCGGGCGGCGCCGGCGGCCGCGCCACCCUGCCCUACCACGCCGCGGCGGGGGCGUCCUCCGGCCGCAUGGGCUCCCCCCUGACGAUGGCGGACGGCUCGCCGCUGACCAAGCAGCCCGGCCACUCCUCGUCUCCGGUCAGAGCCAGUAUGACCGCCGUGCCCCAGCACUACAGCUCCACUCUGCCGCGCUCCAUGCUCCACAACAGUGACCCCUACGGACCCCAGAGUUACGACAUUUACGAGAGAAUGACGCGACCUGACAGCCUCACAGACGGCCUGCUUGAGAAGGUUCAAGGAAUCCGGAGCUCCUAUGCCAGCCAGCACAGCCAGCUGGGCCAGGACCUAAGGUCUGCCAUGUCCCCGGAUCGCCACAUCGCACCCAUCUUCGAGGAGAGAACGUUCCAAGGCCCGUUGUACCGCAGCCCCGGCCACAACCAGCAGGGCAACCUCUACCGGAGCACGUCAGGCGUGGGCAGCCUCCAGCGGACCUCCAGCCAGCGCAGCACCAUGACCUACCAAAGAAACAACUACGCUCUCAGCACCGCGGCCACGUACGCCGACCCGUAUCGCGCCGCGCAGUACCGGCCCCCCGAGCCCGGCUACGCGCACCAGGCGGUGGUCGUGGACGACGGCGCCACCCGCUCGCCCUCCAUAGACAGCAUCCAGAAGGACCCCAGGGAGUUCGCGUGGCGCGACCCAGACCUGACGGAGGUGAUUCACAUGCUCCAGCACCACUUCCCCUCGGUGCAGGCCAACGCGGCCGCCUACCUGCAGCACCUGUGCUACGCAGAUAAUCGGAUCAAGGCCGAGGUGUGUCGCCUGGGGGGAAUUAAGCAUUUGGUGGACUUGCUCGACCACAAGGUCCUCGAGGUCCAGAGGAACGCGUGUGGCGCUCUGAGGAACCUCGCCUACGGCAAAGCGAUGGAUGACAACAAGCGAGCCGUGAGGAACGCGGGAGGCAUCCCAGCUCUGCUCCGCCUGCUGAGGAAGACCGUGGACGCGGAGGUGCGGGAGCUGGUCACAGGGGUGCUGUGGAACCUGUCGUCGUGUGACUCCGUGAAGAUGACGAUCGUCCGGGACGCCUUAACAACCCUGACCAACACUGUGAUCAUCCCCCACUCCGGCUGGAGCAGCACCAUCUUCGACGACGACCACAAGCUGAAGUUCCACUCCUCCCUGGUGCUGAAAAACACCACGGGCUGCAUGAGGAACCUGAGCUCAGCUGGCGAGGAGGCUCGGAAACAGAUGCGCACUUGCGAGGGCCUGGUUGACUCACUGCUCUACGUAAUCAAAGCCUGUGUAAACACCUCUGACUUCGACAGCAAGAUUGUGGAGAACUGUAUCUGCGCCCUGAGGAACCUGUCGUACCGCUUGGACCUGGAGAUGCCGCCGUCCCAGCUGAGCGGGGCCCAGGAGGUGGACGGCUUACUGGGCACAGAGUCGCCCAGUAAGGAGGUGGAGUCCGGCUGCUGGGGCAGGAAAAAGAAGAAGAAGAAAAAGAGCCUCCAGGAAGACACCUGGGAUGGUGUGGGGCCCAUACCCGGCUUCUCAAAGUCUCCCAAGGGCGCAGAGAUGCUCUGGCACCCCGCGGUGGUCAAACCCUACUUAACGCUACUGGCCGAGAGCUCCAAUCCCGCUACGCUGGAGGGUUCCGCCGGGUCCCUUCAGAACCUGUCCGCCGGCAACUGGAGGUUUGCAGCGUACAUCCGCGCGGCAGUGCGUAAGGAGAAGGGGCUGCCCAUACUGGUGGAGCUGCUGCGCAUGGAUAAUGAAAGGGUGGUGCGCUCAGUCGCCAUUGCACUGAGAAACAUGGCACUGGACGUCCGCAACAAGGAGCUCAUAGGGAAGUAUGCGAUGAGGGACCUGGUCAACCGUCUCCCUGUGGGAAACACCGCCCAGCUGUCCGAUGACACCACGGCGGCCAUCUGCUGCACCCUGCACGAGGUCACCAGCAAAAACAUGGAGAACGCCAAGGCGCUGGCUGACACGGGCGGCAUCGAGAAGCUGGUCAACAUCACCAAGGGCAAAGGAGACAGGUACUCUAUGAAGGUGGUUAAAGCAGCCGCUCAGGUCCUGAACACACUGUGGCAGUACCGGGAUCUGCGUACCAUCUAUAAGAAGGAUGGAUGGAACCAGUACCAUUUCCUCACCCCGGUGUCGACUCUAGAGCGGGACCGCUUCAGGUCCCAGCCCACCCUUCCCUCCAGCGCCGUUCAGAUUUCCCCUGUCAACCACCCGGCUGCCAGUGCCACGUCUUCUCCCGCACUGCUCGGCAUCAAAGAGCACAGAGCCAGCAUCAGAGAUUACCAGAGAGCGCAGUCAACUAUGCAAUUUUAUAAUUACCAAGGGGACAACAGUAUACAUAAAAACCAGUAUGCAGGGUCUGGGAAGCCUUCUACAUAUUACUACUCAUCCCCCACUAGAGAGGAGCCCAAGAGAACACAGCCUACGUAUUACACAGAUGAACCAGGGAGGAGGAACUAUGAUACCUACAGAAUGUUCCUGCAGCACCCCCACGGCUACGACGACUCCUACCUGGACGAGGUCAUCACCUACCCGCCGACAGUCGACUACAGCUCUCAGCCUCACGGACUGAAAUCAGCCACCAACUACGUGGACUUCUAUGCUAGCACACGGAGGCCUUCCUACAGGGCAGAGCAGUAUCCCGGUUCUCCGGACUCCUGGGUAUAGGCCCGCAGGUCCUCCUGUGUUCCGGUCAAGACCUGCUUCCUUCCCUGAUGUGUGAGGAAGGGUCUCUCCAAGCUACAGAGGAGGCGAAGGAUCAGAGAGCACACAAAAACUUGGCUUUAUAAGUGUUUGUUUCAAACUGAAUGUGUUUGUAUGGGAGGGUUGAACAAUGGCAGAUGGAAAGAUGGAAUGUGUGCCAAAGAAGGAAAUAAGGCAAUGUUUUAGUUGUUUUUUUUUUUAAUUCAUUGAAUGAAAUGGAGGUGGAAUCAUGCUGAUGGACAAAUCUGGACACUGCCGUAGGGAGACGCGCGUCCCGCUCUGUCUAGAUGUUAGCUUUAUUUUUCAUUAUAAAAACGUGUAGCUGUGAAAGCACAGUGAAAGGUGUGAGUCACGUGAACGAGGGUCUGCGAGAAGAGUCAAGAUGGGAAUACGCGAAUGUGCCGAAGCCAAAACUGAUCAAACUCACGACUGUAAAAAAACAAAAACAAAAGUACUAAACUUAUGUUGGACUGUACAGAGGGAUCAAGUUGUAUCUGUACUUAAUGUAAGUUGUGUCAUGCCAUGGAGUCUUGUACAUUUUUUUUUCAUUUUAUUGUAAAUAUUGAGAAACAAAAAACAUGUUACCAGGUUUACACUCAUCAGCGCUGGUUAAAAGAGCAACUUGUGCCAUGUUAAAUCUCUAUAGAUCUAUAAAUAUAUGAAGAAAUAUGUGGACAAAGAUGGCAUCAUACCAGAAUCAUGUCAACAUAAUAAAAGGUCAGUUUUGUUUUGUAAA